GCUGACCGGAAGCACCGCCAUUUCAGCCAAUGGAAACAAAUCAUCAUUUGAAUUGAUCGCCCAAAAACAACGAACUUCAACACCACCAGCUGGACUCGUGCCACCCCUCCGUGUUUCCUCUCCCUCCUUCUCUCCCUCCUCUACAUUCUCAUCCACCCUUCCUAUACUCCUUUUCGUGGACUGCUUCCUCCCCCUCCUCUUCUGUUCUCCUCUCCGGUCACCCUCACCGGGUCUCUCCAUGCCUGGUAUCCGUUAAGGUUCCUUGGUCCUUGACACAGCUCUAGCUCCAAUUAUGCCGAUUCGCCCAUUGGAUGAAUGGGCCGCUGCCCGCACGCAGUCCCUUCCACUCUCCGCUCUCAAAGGUGCCGUCGUCGGUAUCGAUGCGUCGCAUUACAUCAAACAGCACCUCCUCCACCCUUCCACCCGGGAGCCUCUCCUGGUCGCUCUUGGCGGAUUCCCGUUCGCGCUGAGGAAUAAUAUCGAACGAGAGCUGCAGCUCUUCAAGGACUCGGGCGUAGCAUGUGUUUUUGUCUUCGACGGUCUUGACUUUGGCACUAAGAACCAGCGACCCCACGUAUCGCCGGAGUCGGUACGGGCAUUUGAGCAAGCCUGGGAUCUCUAUGACCAACAACAGGCUGAUCAAGUGGUGGACGCAUUUAGUGGUGCUGGCACUCCUCGACCGGAAUCACUGUAUCGGUUCUUGCAGCGUAUUCUUCAUAAUAAUGGUAUAGAUUAUAUUGUGGCGCCUUAUAGUGGUGCGGCUCAGCUCGCCUACCUCUCAAAAGGCCCUAAUCCCCUGGUGGAUGCAGUGUGCGGCCCAUCGGAAAUCUUGAUGUUCGAUGUGGAUAAGUUAAUUACCCGAAUUGACGCCGACCCAGCGCAGUUUUGCUGGAUAACCAAACAGACAUGCCAGGAGGAAUUAGGUAGACUGUCCAAUGAGCAGUUCCUGGAUUUCUGUCUCCUCUUGGGGUCUUUAUUCCUACCCACAUUCCCCAUAUUUGAGAACCCCGCCUUUCCUGGAAAGGGCGCUACCAUUCGGGAUGCUCUACCGAUGUUCAACUCUGCUGGACGGAGCGCCCUCUCGCUAUGCGCUCAGUUCGAGGAGGAUCGCCGUAUGCAGGAGCUUCAAUACACAGACCGUUACAAGCGUGCAUUCAUGACAGUGAAGCACCAUGUGUUUAUAGAUGCGGAAGGACGGGUGGGCCCGAUGGACCCAGAGAACACCUCUUCCGACAUGCACGAGCUGAUCGAUUCUACCAGACCAAGGUGAUCCAAGUGCGCACUUGGUAUGACGAGAGGUCCGAUACAUCAGUCAAUCUCAA